AUGUCCAACGGCAACAUCAACGUGUUCCUUGACGUCGAGUGGGAGGGUCCCGUCAUGGAGAAUGGCCGACCUACUGCUACCGUGAAGGCCCAAUCCGGUCGAAUCAACCUCGAGCUCUGGAAGAAGCAGGUACCCAAGACUGUCGAGAACUUCCGCGCUCUAUGCACUGGUGAGAAGGGCUUCGGCUACAAGGGCUCUUCUUUCCACCGAAUCAUCCCCGAGUUCAUGCUUCAGGGUGGUGACUUCACCCGUGGUAACGGUACCGGUGGCAAGUCUAUCUACGGCGAGAAGUUCGCCGAUGAGAACCUUGACCUCCAGCACACUUACCCCUACACUCUUUCCAUGGCUAACGCCGGUCCCAACACAAACGGCUCUCAAUUCUUCAUCACCACUGUCAAGACUAGCUGGCUCGAUGGUCGUCACGUCCCCUUUGGUAUUGUUGCCGACGAGCCCUCGAUAGCCAUUGUCAAGGCCCUCGAGGCUACCGGCUCCCAGAGUGGUGCCAUCAAGUACAGCAAGCGACCUACCAUUGUCAACGCGGGUGAGCUCAACUAG